AUGGCAGUGGGAGAGGUGUUUCUGGGUGCGUUCCUCCAGGUGUUUUUUGACAGAUUGGCGGAUCGUAGGUUGCUGUCCUUUCUACGUGAAUCUGGGAUAGAUUCAGUGAUAAAGCAGUGGAGGAAAAAGUUAUCGAUGAUUCAAGCAGUACUUAACGACGCAGAAGAGAAGCAACUAACCAACCCGGCAGUGAAAAUCUGGUUGGAUGAUCUAAAAGACUUGGCUUAUGAUGUAGAAGAUAUUCUGGAUGAAUAUGCCACUCAACUUGCAGAGCGCAAAUUGAUGAUUACAGACCAGCCAACGAACAGCUUUACUGGUUAUCUCUCUUCUUUGAUGUCCAACCGUCACAUGGAGUCGGAGAUGGAAGAGAUAACUGACCGUUUGGAAGAUCUUUGUGAACAAAGAGAUUGUCUUGGGUUGAAAGAGAUUGCUGGAGGGACAUCAACUGCUGUACCACAAAGACUACCAACUACAUCCUUGCAACUUGAACCUGCUGUUAUUGGUAGAGAUGAUGAUAAAGCCAAACUACUUGAAAUGAUGUUGCAGGAUAAACCAAGUGAUGCCAACAUUCAUGUAAUACCCAUUGUUGGAAUAGGAGGAAUUGGCAAAACAACACUUGCUCGCGAAGUGUUCAACGACAAGGCAGUGAAAGAUUUUGACCCAAAAGUAUGGGUUUGUGUUUCGGAUCAUGAUAAUUUUGAUGUUCAAAAGAUCUACAAGGCAAUUUUGGAGGAGAUAACUUCCAAGUCUUCCGAUGUGGAGACUCUUAACCAACUACAAGUUAAACUAAGUUCUCAAGUAGUUGGCAAAAAAUUCUUGCUUGUCUUGGAUGACGUCUGGAAUGAGGAUUAUGGUAACUGGGAAAUCCUAAAAACUCCCUUCAUGGCAGGAGCACCAGGGAGUAGGACAAUUGUUACAACACGCAACCUCAAUGUUGUAUCAACAAUGACUGGAUCCAUUGAACAUCAUAAUGUGGAGCUCUUAUCGGAAGAAGACUGCUGGUCCGUGUUCGCCAAACAUGCAUUCGAGAAUAGAGAUAUUGCCAAAUUUACAAAUUUGGAAUAUAUUCGUCAAAAAGUAGCCUCAAAGUGCAGUGGCUUGCCCUUGGCUGCUAGGACUCUUGGUGGCCUUCUACGUUGUGAGCAAAGAGAAAGUAAGUGGAAAGAUAUUUUAGACAGUAAAAUAUGGGAAGAUACGUUGAACUCAAGUAAGCAUAGUGAGAUUCCGAUGGUGUUAAAAUUAAGCUACCACCAUCUUCCUUCCCAUCUUAAAAGAUGUUUUGCAUAUUGUGCAAUUUUUCCGAAGAAUUAUGAAUUCAAAGAGGAGGAGCUUGUCCUUUUGUGGAUGGCAGAAGGUCUAAUUCAAGAGUCAAAAUACAAUCAAGAAUUAGAAGAUGUAGGUGGUGAAUAUUUUCAAGAUCUGUUAUCAAGAUCACUUUUUCAGAAAGCAAGCAAUAUGUCCCAUUCUACUUAUGUAAUGCAUGAUCUUGUUAAUGAUCUAGCAAAAUGGGCUUCUGGAGACACAAGUUUUAGAUUGGAGGAUGAAUUGAUGAUCAACAACCAAUCAGAAGCAUUAAAAAAGAUUCGCCACUUGUCGACUCACCACUUGUCUUACACAAAAUUUGAAGCAAUUCAUGAAGCUGUGAACUUGAGGACAAUCUUUGAAGUCAACUAUGUUGCAUCUGGUAUAGAUUUUCCAAUUUUUUUUCCAAAAUUCAAAAAAUUGAGGGUGUUGUCUCUAAAGAGUGAUUUUUAUAUGUUAAGGAGUGCUCCAAUCAUUAGUUUACCUGAUACAAUUGGAGAUUUGAAACAUUUGAGGUACCUAUGCCUUUCAAACACCGCUAUUACAAGCCUACCUGAGUCAAUGAAUUCAUUAAUCAACUUAGAGGUUUUGCAACUAAGAUGGUGUAGAUUAAUCAAAAAAUUACCUCCUAUGGGAAAUUUGAUCAAUCUAAGCCAUCUUAAUAUCCAAGGAGUAAAUCUAGUAGAGAUGCCAUUGGGAAUGGAAAAUUGGAAGAAUCUUCGAACAUUAUCUAAUUUUGUCGUGGGCAAAGAAAUUAGAUCUAGUUUGGAUGUUUUAAGUAACUUCAAGUUUCUUCGUGGAAAGCUUUAUAUUUCAAAAUUAAAAAAUGCUACCUCACUUUCGCGAGAAGCAAUAUUAAGUGACAAGGAGAAGCUAGACGAGUUACGGCUAGAUUGGGAUUGUAGCAAUGGUGAUAAAGAGUGUCAAAGUGAGGAAGUACAGAAAAAUGUACUUGAUAUAUUAAGACCUCACAAAAAUCUGAAAAAGCUCUGCAUCGAACGAUAUGGUGGCACACAAUUUCCAGAUUGGCUUGGAGAUUUAUCUGAGUCUUUAACUUUCUUGGAGACACUUGAGAUUGUUCUCUGUGAGAAAUUGCAAUAUCUGUUUUAUGAUAGAGAAGUGGGCACUUCAUCUUCCUCUUCUUCACUGAUGGACACUCGGCUUUUUAAUCUGAAGAUCACCGAUUGCUCAUCGCUCAUGAGUUUAUCAUCAGCACGUCAGUUACCUAAGACGCUUGAGCGCCUUGAAAGUUUAGUAAUUGACAAUUGUGAUUCUUUGACAUGCAUUGUGAGAGGUCAGCUUCCUUCAUCUCUGAGAAAGCUAUCAGUAUAUCGUUGUAAGAAAUUGAAGUGUUUGUUGGAUGAUACAGAAGAUGUUGGCACUUCUUCUCUAUCUUCUUCUUCAGUGACGCACAGAGAGAACAUUGACAACUCUAGAAUAUCUCAGCUAGAAGACUUGGACAUCAGCAUGUGCUCAUCUCUCGCUUGUUUGUCAUCGAAAGGUCUGUCACUUACUAAACUUAAGAACCUCAAAAUUGACAACUGCCCAAAACUCCCGAUCUUAUUGUUAGAAAACCAACCAACUGAAGCACUUGAAAACCUCAUGGUUAGUUUCUGUGAAAAAUUAGAGCUAAUAGCAAAAAGGUUCCCCAAAAACAUGGCUCUCCAAGAUAUUUAUAUGAGCUUUUGUGAUAAUCUUAAAUGCCUACCAGAGGGUUUACACGAACUUAAUUUUCUUCGUAAGAUUCGCAUAACUAGAUGUGAUAGUCUUUUUUCCUUCCCUGAUCAAAGGCUUCCCAGCACAAUCCGAGAAGUCUAUAUAUCUGGUUGUGGCAAUCUUAAAGCUCUACCCAAUGGCAUCCACACCCUCAACUCUCUUCAAAAAUUGACGAUAUCCCGUUGUCCAAGAAUAACAUUUCCAGAAGAAGGUCUCCCCACCAGCCUCACAUCACUUACAGUCGGAGGUCCGACUAUCUGUAAGCCACUGAUGGAGUGGGGAUUGCACAAGCUCACCUCUCUUAAAUACCUCCGGAUUGAGUGGGGAUUGUACGAUCACUUUCUUACCUCUCACUGGACUGAUGAAGGCUCAGUUGCAGAAUCUUUUCCUGAAGAAGGGAUGUUGCCGCCCUUUUUAACACAGCUGUUCAUUCGUGAAUUCCCAAAAUUAAAAUACCUAUCUUCCAAAGCUUUUCAAAAUCUCACCUCUCUUCAAGAAUUAGACAUCUAUCAAUGUCCGGAUCUUAUAUCCUUUCCAGAGGAGGGCCUCCCAUCAUCACUUUUGGAAUUAAGGAUUACGGAUUGCGAUCUGUUAAAAGAACGGUGUAAGAAGGAUGAAGGACAAGAGUGGUCGAAGAUUGCCCAUAUCCCUGAAAUCAGUAUUUUGUAA